ACGAAAUCCAACCACGCUCGGGUUCCGUCCACCAUUUUGUCUUCUGCUCACGAGCAAGCCCACGCGUGCCGCUCCUCCUCCUCGGCGCCGCUCUCCUCACCACCAUCACCACCACCACCGUGCCGAGCGGCCACUUCCAACAUCGCCAAUCUCGAGCAGAGCAUCAUGGCCGAGUACGUGCGCGUGGCGGACGACGAGAACGAGGAGCCCAUGGAGAUCCCGUCGGAGGAGGACGGCACCGUGCUGUUGUCGUCCCUCACGGCGCAGUUUCCCGGCGCCUGCGGCCUCAAGUACCGCAACCCCGACACGCGCAGCCUGCGCGGGGUGCGCCUGCUCGAGGGGGUCCUGCACCCCCCCGAGGAGACCUGGGGCAGCCACAUGUACAUCGUGAGCUACCCGAAGGACAACAAGCGCAAGAUGGACGAGGCUGAGAUGUCGAACGUGGCGAAGGUGAAGCGCUCGGUGCAGAAGACCUCUGACCUCAUCGUGCUGGGCCUGCCCUGGAAGGCGUCGGAGCAAGACAUCCGUGACUACUUCAGCACCUUCGGAGAAGUACUCAUGGCCCAGGUGAAGCGCGACAUCAAGACGGGCAACUCCAAGGGCUUCGGCUUCGUGCGCUUCAGGGACUACGAGACACAGCUCAAGGUGCUGGCCCAGCGGCACAUGAUCGAUGGGCGCUGGUGCGACUGCAAGCUGCCCAACUCAAAGGUGAAUGGCUGGUGCAGUUGGAGUGAUGACAUAAACCCUAGCAACGGCUCUUACCAAGUCGGCGACGCAUUCCGUAGCCGAAAGAUCUUCGUGGGCCGCUGCACGGAAGACAUCACGGCUGACGACCUUCGCCAGUUCUUCAGCCAGUUCGGAGAAGUCACCGACGUCUUCAUCCCCAAGCCCUUCCGCGCCUUCGCCUUCGUCACCUUCUCCGAUGACCAGAUCGCCCAGGGCCUCUGCGGAGAGGACCUCAUCAUCAAGGGCACCAGCGUCCACAUCUCCAGCGCCGAGCCCAAGUUCGGCUACGCACGCGGCGACAACUUCGGCGGCGGUGGCGGCGGCGUCGGCGGCGGUCGCUACGGCUCGUACGGCGGCGGAGGCGGCGGUUUCGGGGGCCAGGGCGGGGCGGCGCGGCUGGGGGCGGCUUCGGCGGGGGCGGGUGGCGGGAUGCCAGGCGCGGGCGCCGGCGGCGGCGCGGGCAACAUGAACUUCGGCGGGUUCAACAUCAACCCGGCUAUGAUGGCGGCCGCCCUUCAGAGUAGCUGGAACAUGAUGGGCAUGCUCGCCAACCAGCAGGGCGGUGCCAGCGGCGGCGGGGGCGGCGGCGGGGGCGGCGGUGCGGGGGGCGCCCCGGCGCUGACGGGCGGCGCGGCGCUCAGAGCGGCGGCGCUGGCGGUGUGCAGGCCGGGGCCGGCGGGGCAGCCGGGGCGGGGGCCGGCGGGGCCCAGGCGUCGGUGCCCAUGGAGCAGGGGAAGGCGUACGGCGGCGGCGGGGGGCGGCGCCGGAAAUUCUGGGUACGGGACGGGCGGGCAGAGCGGCUCAUUUGGCUGGGGCUCCGGCACGGCUGCCACCAACAACACGGGCAACAGUUUCGGCACCAGCUUCUCCAGCAUGGACACCAGCAAAUCGAGCUGGUAGUCCUGGGGUUAGUGA